UGCAGGAUUCUCCAGUUACCAGCACUUCACGAUGACUACCCAGAUCCCCUCCAUCUACAAAGCCGUCUUCCUCUACUGGGAUCCACCAUGCGCGCUCUGGGGAGCGUUCAUGUCUUUCUUCACGCGCGACUGGAUGCUUGACCAGUUCUUCCUUGAAUCCCAUACCGGAGCGCGCGAUGCAGCCCACGACAUGCUUCUCUACCAGGGUGGCGGGGCUCUGGUUGGCUGUGUUAUCCUCAAUGGCAUGCUCCUACGAUACACUCAAGACAUCGGGGUAUGGAAGAUCGCGCAAGCCGCUAUUCUAGCGAUCGAUCUUUCCCUUCUUGCGGGUACCUACGAGGUGUUUGGGAAACAAGGCCGACUCUCGCCUACGACGUGGCAAGUUGGGGACUGGGUUGGGAUGAUCAUCACAAUUGGAGUGACGGUAACGAGGAUCUCGUUCCUGGCCGAGCUUGGCUUCAAGGAACAGAAAACCAAACAAUAGAUACGAGUGUGAUCGUUCAGGUCGAAGGACGUGCCGCUUGGUGGCUCAUCGAAAUCGUGCGGAUUGAUUAGGCAUCGGGAAUCGUGGAAUGAGGAAGGUUUACACUUUAUUGAGGGUUGGUCGUCGAAUAGGAACGCCGUAUGGCGGCUCAUGCAAGUGAUGCGAACGCAUCUCGGGGGAGGUCUUAAAUGUCUUUGUGUGAUGCACUCAACGUCACCUGUCGACUUUGACGGUGCAUAUAUAAAGAUAAUCUACUCUGGGUUCUCAAACAGGUACUUAGGAAGGUUUUAGUAUCGUCGAAUGGGAAUAGUGCCUUACGAACAAGGCGAGAUAAUGCAGAAUAAUACAGAAUUCUGGCAGAUACUUCUCAAUCAGUCUGACCUCGCGGUAGUCAUAGCAAGGCAUACUGGCGCACGG